UCAAACAACAUCAAUGUGUUAGUGAUUAUUUUCGAAAAGCAAAAUUUUAACAUUUUAUUUUGAUUUUAUUUUCCAAAUAGAGAGUGGUGAUAAAAUGAUUGAGCACGAUUUUGCCGAUUUCAGUAAAGUGGAGGGAUUCCUAUCGUUUCUAGCCAGCAUCGACUGGCGAGACCCGUGGUUGAUAGGACUAUUUGUUUUUCAUUUUUCUAUUUUCAUGAUGGCUAUAUUGACUAGAAACUAUGGGAAUUUCCAAGCUGUUUUAUUUUUUAUUCUAUUGCUGUUAGUCUAUUUUUCGGAAAAUAUAAAUAAGCUGGCGUCGACAAACUGGAAAAUAUUUUCUAGGCAGCAAUAUUUCGAUAGCAAUGGCCUUUUUAUAUCUGUAGUAUUUUCAAUGCCAAUAUUAAUCAAUUGCAUGUUGAUGGUGGGUAGUUGGUUAUAUCAAUCCACCCAGCUGAUGACAACCCUCAAGACUGCCCAACUAAAGGAAAAAAUCCGGAAGGAAAAGAAACAACAGAAAGAAGUCGAAAACAAAACGAAGAGCGAAUGAAGGAGAAUGAGCUUUGUUGAUAAUGCCAUUUGUAAAAAAAACUAAGUGAUAAGACUUGAUGCGAGUUACCAAGAUAAUUUUAAGGCCAUUACUACAUUAAUACGUGAGAUUAGAGGGCUUUACUUACUCAUUUAAGGUUAGGAAAAAGGUAGACGCUGUGAUUUAUUAGAAGGCUUAUUGUUUUCAAUAAAUUCGAGUUUUUCGAGUGAGAGAUGAAUGAUAAAUUUGAAUAAAAGCGUUUUUAAACUGAGAA